AUGGAGAACCUUUUCACCACCGAACGCCAAAACCGGAACGUUGGUGCAUGCGCCUUCAUGCGCGCGCAGGAGCACCGGAAACUUGAAGACCAGAUGGCUGGCGCAAUCUUCCUCAAAGAGCUGGAAAACUGCAUAGAAAAACCUGAGCUUUUGGGUCGGUGCUUUUUAAAAAGGAAAGAAGAUCUCCAGAUCUAUGAAAAGUAUUGCCAAAACAAGCCAAAGUCAGAGGCUCUUUGGAGGCAGUGUGGGGACAGCCUUUUUUUCCAGGAGUGUCAGAGGAAAUUAGAUCAUAAACUCUCCCUUGAUGCUUAUCUUUUAAAACCGGUCCAGAGGAUUACCAAAUAUCAGUUGCUUCUGAAGGAAAUGUUAAAAUGCAGCAAGAAUUCUGAAGGCACUGCUGAACUUGAAGAAGCUCUCGCAACCGUCCUUGAUAUUAUCAAGUCGGCGAACGAUUCCAUGCACCAAAUAGCCAUUACAGGCUAUGAGGGUGAUGUGGCCGAGUUGGGUAAAUUGCUCCUUCAAGGCUCUUUCAAUAUCUGGACCGAUCACAAGAAAGGACACAACAAAGUCAAAGAUUUGGCCAGGUUCAAGCCAAUGCAGAGGCACCUCUUCUUAUAUGCAAAAAGCCUCCUUUUUUGCAAGAAACGGGAAGAAAACACGGACGGUCACGAGAAGUCUCCUUCCUACAGCUUUAAAAAUUCCUUGAAGAUGAGCACUGUUGGCAUUACUGAAAAUGUCAAAGGGGAUUGUAAGAAAUUUGAGAUCUGGUACAAUGGCAGAGAAGAGGUCUAUAUUAUUCAGGCGGCAUCUAUGGAACUGAAGAACACGUGGGUGUCAGAGAUCAGGAAAGUUCUAACAGGGCAACUGGAAGCUUGCAGAGAAGCAAGCCAGCUUCACCAAAGAAUCACAGAGAGCGUUUAUCACGCACCAAUGAAUUCAGGAAACUCUUCCAGGUACGGCAGAAAAUCCCUGAGUUUGUGUGAAAAUAAAUCUGAACUCUCAAGCUUGGAAACGUCAAACAACCGGAAUAUGAGCCCCAGCACCAGGCAGAAAAGAGGUCCCCUUGUUCCUGCGUUGAAAGUCAAGAGGCACGAAAUCAAAAGCGAUCCAACUCCUUUCGGUUUUGAAGGUACAGCUUCCGAAUCCCUGCAUGCUGUUUGA